UAAUUGAUAGUUAAUAAGCGAAAUCACGUGCAGGACGACAACCCUUGUAAACCACGCUUUCAGGCCAGGAAGGCAACGCAGCAGCAGCCUUUGUUCAUUCAGACCACGUAAUUCGACAAUUUCGAAUCAUUUGCCCUGCGUUUGUCUCUUCAAGAGUCUUUUUGUUCGUUCAGUCUUCUGCAGAACAUUCAGUUUGCUGCAUUCAAUCCGACCGCAAUGGCUGGCAGAAGUAUAGCGCUCUGCUUGCUGGUAGUCGCCCUCCUAAUCGCCCUCGUCGACGCUGCUUCGUUCGAGCGCAGCAUUCAGGAAUACAACAACAAGCCGGUUCGUCCUCCCUUUCGAUCUUAUUCACUGUCUUGUUUGGAUGUGUAUGCGUGAUGAAUUGCGCCGGGCAUGGGGCUAACUUGAUCCAGGUCGAAAUCAAUGCCGACGCUAUCGACACCGUUCCUGUCCAAUUCGAUGGCAGGAUCCUCGAGUACUACUAUCUCGAGCGUGCCCCCGGCACAAAGGGCACCGACGAAACAGUCAUCCUGAGAACAUCAAUGGGCGUUGUUCAGAUUUCGAUUGAUCACGGAAAGACCUGGAAAGAGGUCUCCUCCGCAAACCAGGUGAUUGCCAUCUAUCCCCACCCUUACGUAUCUGAUUACGUCUUCUUGGUCACCUCCACCAACCAGAUCCUGGUCUCUACCAACCGUGGACAGAAGUGGGCUACCUACAAGACCCCCAAUGCUCCCAACACUUUCUCCUCCGUACCUUUCCUCUCCUUUCACAAGUCUCGUCCCGACUGGGUCAUCUGGCACGGUCAGAUGGAUUGUACCAAGCUGCCCGCUGGUACUGCCUGCGGCGUUUCCACUCACUACAGUAAGAACGCUGGGAAGUCCUGGACCGCAAUGGUUGAGCCGGCUUUGGACUGCAUGUUUGUCACCGGAAUCCAGCAGCCGACAGAUGAGAACCUCGUCUUUUGCAAGCGACUCCUCCCCGCCGGCGGCAGCAACGUGCAGACCUACGUCCAGCUGAUUUCGUCAACCGAGUUCUUCAAGAAUGAGAAAAACACGCAAGUUCAUUUCAACGACAUUUACGGCUUCGCUGUCCAGAACGACUUUGUUAUCGUCGCCUCCGUCGCUAACGAUCGGGCGUCGAUGCGUGCUGACGUGUCUGUCGACGGCACCACGUUCGCCGAAGCAAAGUUCCCGCCAGACUUCAAGGUCUCUGUCACUCAGGCCUAUACAAUCCUUGACACCUCCACAAAGGCGAUCUUGAUGCACGUCACUGUUAAUCAGAACCCUGGGGCUGAGUACGGAACAGUUUUGAAGUCAAACUCGAACGGAACUGAUUACGUCACAUCGCUGGAUUAUGUCAACCGUGACGUUCACGGAUACGUUGACUAUGAACGUAUGCAGGGAAUCGAGGGUAUCCUGCUGAUGAACACCGUCUCCAAUCCCGUUGAGGCGGCCGGUGGGGCUCAGAAGAAACUGCGCACGAAGAUCUCGUUCAAUGACGGCGCAACGUGGUCCUACCUGAUCCCGCCUACGAUUGACUCGCAGGGUAACCCUACUAGCUGCUCGGGUGCCUCCGAGCUCUGCUCUUUGAAUCUUCACGGAUACACUGAGCGCGAGGACGUUCGGGAUACAUUUUCCUCUGGGUCGGCUGUUGGAUUGAUGAUUGGCGUUGGAAAUGUUGGACCCCAGCUCACAACUUAUGGAGAAGGCAACACCUACCUCACUCGCGACGCUGGUCUUACAUGGGCUGAGAUCAAGAAGGGAACGUUCAUGUGGGAGUAUGGCGACCAAGGCUCAAUCAUCGUUCUCGUUGCUUCGCCUGUUCCUACCAACACUCUGCAAUAUACGUUUGACGAAGGUUCUACCUGGCAGGAGCUGCAGUUCAACGACGAGCUUGUCACCGUUGCCGAUAUCAGCACUGUGCCGUCUGAUACGAGCCGCAAGUUCUUGAUCCAUGCUCAUCCCCAGGCGUCCUAUGGCGACAAAACGUUGAUGAUCCAUGUCGAUUUCACGGGUACCACCGCGACAAAGUGCAAGAUCGACACCAAGAAUGCCAAGAACGAUGACUUUGAGCUCUGGACUCCUGCAAAGACUCCAGGCGAUACGAGCUGUCUGUUUGGCCACAAGACUGAGUACCGUCGCAAGAUUCCUAAUCACUUCUGCUACAUUGGCGAUGUGAUCCCGCAGCCUCACUCUGUUAGCACAAACUGCACGUGUGAGAGACAGGAUUAUGAGUGCGACGCAAACUACCGUCUUGCCAACGACGGCUCAUGUCAGCUCGUUCCUGGAUAUAACCCUCCCAACCAUGCCCAGCAGUGCGCUGAGAAUCCAAACCUGAUCGAGUACUUUGAGCCUACGGGAUACCGCCGGAUUCCUUUGACCACCUGCGCCGGAGGCUUGAACUUGGAUCAAAUUACAUCAAAGGCGUGCCCGAACCAUGAGAAGGAGUUUGGUAAGCUGCAUGGAGGAAUGGGUGGAUUCACAAUCUUCCUUCUUGUUCUUCUGCCGUUCUGCAUGGCUGGUGUCAUUGCUUAUGUGCUCUACAACCACUACUAUGGCCAGUACGGACAAAUCAGACUGGGCGAGACUGAUUUCGAUAUGCACAUCGGUCUUGGUACCGAGAACGGACUGCUCAAGUACCCGAUCGUUGCUGUUUCCGCUGUUGUUGCGUUUGUGAGCGCUCUUCCGAUGAUUGUGCAGCAGCUGGUCAACUCGCGCUUCGGACGGGGACCGUCUCGACCCAGUCGACUAUAUCGCUCGGAAAUUAGUAGCCGGAAUUCAUUCCCGCUUGGCUCACGCAACGGCGGUGUUGCGGGCCGGUACCAGUAUGCUCCUGUCGACGAGAGCGAGGGACAGGGCUUGAACGGUGGAAGCCUGCACGACGAUGAGAUGCUUGCGUCGGACGAUGACUCGGACGACGAUUUCGGACACAUGAUUCCACCGGACGCGCCUCACGUCAACCUUCCUGCACCUUCAUCGCCACAAUUGUCUGCUGCACCUUCGUCACCGCCUGCUGACAUUAUGACUCCGCCAAGUCCUGCUAGUCCAGAUGCUGAUCUGAGGCCUGUCAGUCCUGAAAUUCCAGCUCUGGAUCCGCCCACGAGCGUGGAUAAGAGCGGGGACUCACAGCCAUGAUUUUAGUUCUUUUUCCUUCUUAUUUUUCUUUCUAUAACUUUAUAAACUUAUUUCCCAACGUCGUCUCAUUCUUGUACAGAAGUUCCGCCCUUUUAUUUUCUGUUUUUUUUGUGUAUAGAGGCAGCCCGAAAACGAGAGUGAGAAUGAGAAAAAGAGCGCAGAGCCGUAGAGGUUAUGUGCCUUUUUGUCUGUCUAUCCUGGGAAAUUCUAAGUGGAGGCAAAGUUUGUGGUGUCGGUAGUUGUUGGUAUUACAAAGGUCAGUCGUUUGAAGUGGCUGUUGUAAUGGGAUUUGGGUAGUUUUCUGUGGAAUAAAAGUAGAACGAGCUCAGUGCAAGAAUAAACAUAGCUCUUUUCCUCUAUCUUGA